GUUUACGUUAUUUCAACACCCCGGAAACGAGUUCUAGGAUUUGCGGUGGUGGCCGUUGUGUUGCGUUGCGAUGUCUUUCGAAGCGAUGCCCUCAAGACACUCGCCAAAGAGGAGAAAAUUAAGCCAUAGCUCAAACGGCUGUGCAGACGAAGAACGCAACGAUGGCAGUGCAGCAAAGAAGAACACAAUUACGAAGAAGCCCAAGAACAAAGACAAUAAUGUACCGGCUAGUGGAAUCACCAAGUCAUCGAUUCUGGCUUUGCAGGUCGCAGAUUUGAUUGCAGAAGUAACACCAAACUAUGAUCGAUCUUAUGCGAAAUGGGGCGGACUUUCCAACAGACUGCAAACUAUCAUCAAGCAGAUCAAGACACGAGCUCCAGUCACUGCGGUUGACGCCGUAAAGACUCUACGCAAAGAGGGCGUUAGAAUCCCAUUCACUGAACCACGGCCUUCGAAGGACACCAAGUACAAGUUCGAGUUCACUGUACCAAAAGACAUCGAGGUCGGUGGAGCACUAGCUUGGGGAUUAAGCGUCAAAGGCGACAAUGUGAUUCAGCUUACUGCUAUAAUGCCGCCUGAGCUACUGCAGGAAAAGGACUAUCUCAACAACCGGGCGCCUCAAAAGGCUGCUUUUUAUCUGGCUUGCAUUGCCGCCGGCAUCAAAGAAGCUGCAGGCUCAGAAUUCGAGAUGUCUUUCGCGUAUCUAUACGGUGUAGACUAUCUGCCGGUUCUGAAUCUCAUAGCCAAAGACAAAUCCUUGUCAAAGGUCAAGUUCCAUGUCAGUGUGGGGUUCCCAGAGGACUUGAUGCCGACGGCAAAGACGCUUCCUACAAAGAACAACCUCAGACACGGCACAAAUGAGGCGUUGGAGACCCCAACGCCAUUCUACAACAGUAGCAUACGAUUUGCAGCGUCCACAGCAACAUUCAGCGAGAUGAUCAGGUCCGCCAAAAGCGCUUCAUUCGACGACGCAUGCCGCCUUGGGCAAGUCUGGCUACAGCAACUUGGCUUUGACAGCUCAAUUCAAUCAGGUGGUUUUGGCUUUUUGGAAUGGAGCGCGACAUGCGCAUUGUUUCUUCGGACGGGAGGACAUCGAGGUCUCCCAUUGUUUUCGAAACAGUACAGCAGUCUGCAGUUCUUCAAGGCCAUGCUCCAAAUCCUUGCGACUCGAGACUUCCGUGACCCAAUGGUUCUCAAUGACACAUCUCUCGAAAUACCGAGAAUAGAGUCACCUGCCCUCUACGACGCAACCACGGGUGUCAACAUUCUGUACAAAAUGACGCCAUGGUCAUAUCAAACUCUCCAACACCAUGCCCGGAUUUCUUUGGCCGCAAUCAAUGCGCGGAACCAGGACAACUUUGAUGAGACUUUCAUUCUCAACACCGUCGUUCCUGUCGUGCAGUACGAUGAGAUGUUCCGCAUCACUCUCCCCGUAGAGGGCGUCGACACAACCUCGCAACUGCGCCAACAUCUGUCCAAGAUGCACAGCAUUUUGGUCCGUGGUUUGGGAGACCGCGUGAGCCUCGUCAAUUUUAAGUUCCUGGUAGCUACGGAGUGGCCACUGAAGCAUGACCCUGCCGUUACAAACGGAAAACUCGAUCUCGAAGUCCGCCUCCUCACCAAUCCCGAUGCUGUAACGCGACUCGUCGACCAUGGACCUUCUGCCGACGAACAAGAUCUGGCCGCAGAAUAUCGAGCAUUUUGGGGCGAAAAGGCCGAACUCCGCCGCUUCAAAGACGGCUCCAUCUCUGAAGCUCUCGUAUGGGCACCGUCCAUACCUGUCACGCACCAAAUCAUUGCACAUCUCCUCUCUCUACACAUCAAGCUUCCACCUAGCUCGAUCUCUUCGGCCACGCUGAACCUCGAAGCGAUAUACCUGGCGGAUGAAUCCAACCUUGGGGCAAAGGACUCAUUUCGUGUCAUUAACAACGCUUUUCAAAAACUCACCUCGACACUCCACCACCUCCAAGAUCUACCAUUGCCAAUCCGCUCUAUCUCUCCGACCGACACUGCACUACGCUCGGCCAGCGUGGGCAACCCUCUUCUCCCAUCUACAGCUAAACCGAUUGACUUUCUCAUUCAAUUCGACAGUUCAACGCGCUGGCCGGAUUCGCUUCCUGCCAUACAGCACACCAAGAUUGCUUUCCUGCUCAAGCUGAGCGAACUUCUCACUGCCCAGGACCCCAGCUUGACGACGCGUGUAGGUCUCGAGAACACUUCUUCGGCCACCACGGGGAACAUGAACACCUCUUACUUGGAUAUCAUAUACCCCUCUCAAGCACCCGGGCUGAGCCCCGUCUGCUUUCGCGCAAGGAUCUUGCACGAUCGUGAACUGCACCUUCUUCAGACUGCUCUGGCGGACAAGAGCCUUCAUGGCAGCGCCAGGGACGAGCUCUCCUCGGCGUUGGUCGUGUACAAGCGCGAAUUUGUCGCGAAGAGCGCACACACGAGCGCGAUACGGGCGCUUUCUGCACGCUUCGCCGCUUUCUCGGGCACGAUGAGACUGCUGAAGCGCUGGGUCGCGAAGCAUUUGUUGCUCGGCGACGGUCACGUGCCGGAGGAAGUACUCGAGAUCGUGGCGGCCAGCGUGUUUGUGACACCGGCACCUUGGAGCGUGCCGGGGAACGCGACGACGGGGUUCCUGAGGGCCCUGAGCCGCGUCGCAUGGUGGGACUGGACUUCGCGCCCGCUGCUGGUGGAUCUGGGGCUGGCGCAAGAUUGGGCGAAGGAGAGCAUCGAGGCCGUCAAGACCAGGUACGAGGCUUGGAGGAGGUUGGACCCGGCUUUGAACAGCGUGGUCUGGUUCGUCGGAACGAACGUCGACGAGACAGGGGUCGUCUGGACACAGGGUGGGAGGCCGACAAAGGUGGUGGGGGGUCGCCUCACCGCUCUGGCCAGAGCGGCCGUGGACGUGCUCGCGAACAAAGGCACCGGCAUGGGCGAGGAAGAUUGGAUGGGCGUGUUCGAGACGCCGCUGGGAGACUUUGAUUUCUCUAUUCACAUCAAACCCGGAGUGGCCAAGGGGGUUCCUGAGAAGACGACGAGGCCCAAAAGCAGCAAAAAGGCACUUUUGAACGGGGGAGGCGACUUCAAGAACCUGCAGAUCGCAGAGGUGUUGGACACCGAGAGUCUGGGCUACGACCCCGUCGACGUGUUUGUGCGCGACCUGAACUUCGCCUUCGGUGCGAGUGCCAUGUUCUUCCACGACCACUAUGGGUGCAAGCUGAUCGCGGGUCUGUGGAAGCCAAGUGCGUUGGGCCGAAAGGAAUGGCGCGUGAGGUUGGGUUGGUCGAGCGUACCUCUACCUGCUAUCGAUGACGAUGAAGAGGGAGAAAGCAAGAGCAUGUGCGUUCUCAACAAAGACGGCAUCCUUGCUGAGAUUGCAAUGCUGGGAGAAGGGUUGGUCAAGAAUAUUGCUACCAAAGAGUGAAUGAUAUCUUCGAAAGUGUACAUGUUGUCAUUCAGUUGUUGGCAUACCGAUACUUCUUAUAUAUCUACUAGGUAGCAUCUACAAAGAUGCAAAAUGGAGCAAUUCAUGCUGUUGGCUUCAUGA